GGCCAACAUGGCGUGACAGCUACAAAUAUAUCUGCCAUUUUGCAGCCCGACACCUCUGCUAUCGCGGUACCUCACAUUCGCCUCCCGACGGCAACCUAAGAUUGACGCUUUUCAUCACCAAAGCCGACUCCAACUGCUCCUACUACUAGCUCAGACCGCUCAUAACUUGCAAUGGAUAUUCAAGGUGCAGAUGUCAUCGUCCGGUCCUCUGACAACGUCGAUUUUCGUGUGCAGGGAGCUGCACUGUCGUUGUUCUCUCCAGUUUUUGCCGAUAUACUGUCCAUCCCGCAGCCAGAGAGUUCCAAUGGUGAACUUCCCGUCGUUUCCGUGUCAGAGGAUCGAGAAUUAUCUCUAGUUUUCCUGAGACUUCGUAUUGCCCACUACCCCUUAGCCCGACUGGAGAACAUCCUCCAGGUCUUGGAGAAGUACGGUGUUACUCGAGUCCCGAUCGAAAUCAUCGAACAAUUCACUACACAUAUCGACACACAACCCGUUCACACUUGCGCUAUUGCUUGCCGGUACUCUCUGUAUGAUGUCGCCAACCAGGCAGCCAGGGCCACCUUCAAGAAUGAAGCUCUCUAUGUCACCGAUCUCAAACCAGACUACCUCAGUUUGAUGGGAAUCAACCAAUACCAACACCUUGUUCAUUAUCGCCUCCAGGCUAGCAAAGUCGCAGCCGACGCGGUCGAAACAUUCCCAACUUUCGACGACGUGGAUACCAUCAAUAACUCUAUGCAAGUUUACAUUCCCGGAUCUCGAGCGAGCCGCGAGUCUUGCGACUGCUCCGAGCGCAUGUCGGGUUGGAGCUACGAGGAACUCAACCACGAGGAACUUCCGAUAUACAUAGUGCCAUGGCUACAGGUGCUGAAGAGAGAUCUCGAGUCUGCAUUGCAGAUUUGGUCAGAUGUGGACACCGUCACUGCAGAUGGAAAGCUGGUCAUGGAGGCCGUGAAGAUGCCCCUACCUUUCCAAGCUGCAACGGAACCCUGAUCAACCAGUGGUCUCGGAGAAUAGUUGGGGGAUUUUAAUUCCUUAUUUCCGAGCGCGUUGUAUUCGUGCUUUUGUCUUUGUUGGAAUUGCAUACUUUUGUCUACGAGAUCACCGCGGUUCACGGACCUAUUGUAUUGUGGUCUCGCUCCUAUCGCUCGCACAAUGCUAUCCUCCCGCUUCAACAACCUGCAUUUCACUUCUGCUGUACCCCGCCACACCAGCCUUAUCAACGCCACACACGUCUUCUGGAGCACAUGCGCCUGUAAGGCUGUAUGGGACACUCAUUCGUACCACUUACGCCCUUCGCAUGCAACCAAACUGAACGUUGCCCAACAUCGUCCCGCACCUCUCGCAGUAUUCCUCGAGAGCAUGUGUUCGCCUUUCAACUUCUGAAGAGUCGAUUUCUGAACACGUAUAGGUAGGUAUUGUGCUGAAUCAGCCAGGAGUGGGCGCAACGUUGCCUUACAUCAAGCUCUGCGUCGGAUCUUAUCACCUUACAGCGCUUCGGACUCUUCAUACAGUGAUUCAAUGAACUUAAGAACCCCAGUCUCCUUUCGACGCCGAAGCGUGGAUUCCUAGCGGUGGCGGCAGGCCUUGUCGCCUUGACUCAUCAGAGUCUUGAUCUCAUGUCCGGAAAAUCCUCCUUGUUAUAUCCAUAUAAAGUUCAACGUUGUUGCUCCAGCAGGUUGUGCAGGAGGUUUCGGUCAUAAUAUACUUGACGCAGUGAUUGCCGCGGACAGACAUUCCAUAAUACUCCUCUCCCGCACCCCAAAACCCGACCUCACUGCCCAAGGCAUCGACGUUCGUCCCGUCGGGUCUUACACCGACCACGCCCUCCUCGUCUCAGCUCUUCAAGGCGUGCACACGGUGAUUUCGUGCAUUACCAGCUCUGACGAUGGGUUCGAAAAGGCGCAGAUUAAUUUAUUGGACGCGGCGAAGGAAGCUGGUUGUAAGAGGUUUGCACCGUCGGAAUUUGCUAUGAAGAUAAAUGACGGUGGUAUUGAGCUGUAUAAGCCCAAGAUAAAGGUAUGGGAGGCAUGUGAGGCUUCCGGGUUGGAGUAUACUCGUUUCGCGUGUGGCAUCUUCAUGAAUACCAUGGUCGCUGGUACACCUCACAACGAAACUGAAGCCCUCUCUGGCCUUCGUCCUUGGCAAUUUGUCAUCAAUAUCCGUGCCGGAACCGCAGACAUUCCCGGCUCCCGCGAUAGUCCUCCCAGGGUCACCUAUAUCUCGGCUCAAGACUGCGGGAGGUUCGUCGCUGCUGCUCUUGAUAUACAGGAGAAAUGGUGGUCUGAGAUGGGCCAUAUGGUUGGAGAGACGACGACGUAUGAGGAUAUAGUCGAGUCAGCGGAGAGGAUUACGGGGCGGACGUUUUUGAGGAGGUAUGUUGGGAGGAACGAAUUGGAGGUGCUGGCGAAGGAUCACAGCAAGAGGUUUUAUAAUAAGGUUCGACUGGCGAUCGUGGAUGGGAAGGCGGACAUCGAGCCGAUGUUGAACGGACUUUGCCCUCACAUCAAGCCAGAUAGUGUGGAACAGUAUCUAUGAAGAUAUUGGCAGGGUGUCGAGUCACCUGAGCCGGCGUGGGCGGAAGAUUAUAUCGUGGCUGUUUGAGAGAGGACUACUCAUUGAAUGUCAGCAUGAUGUGGCGUGCUGGCCGGUUUGUCAUGUAGUGGCGAAUAUUUCGCUUGUGGACUAUGGAAGAAUGCC